AUGCCAAAAACUAGAUCCGGAAGAAACACAGAAACGCCGGAUGUCAACAGAGAGCUCGACUUGAAGAAAUUACUCAAAAGUGGCCAAAGCGGAAAAACACCAGUUCCUAAAGAAAUAGAAGAAAGGCCGAUUGCGAAGAAGGCAAUAAGCCUAAAUCAGUUGCUGGCAGCUUCGCCAAAAAUCGAAGAGGAGAAGUCACUUGAUGACAGUGGACACGUCAGCGCCGGCGACAGCUUAGAACGAAGUAUCGUUGGACGAACACCAUUGAAAGAAGCGUCGGACGAGAAUUACAAAAUGAGUCCACGACGACUUUUUGGUGCUGGACAAAAACUCCGCCGCUCUGCCAGAAAUAAAGCAAAAUAG